AUGACUACGACCUUGGGACCCAAGUUAAAGUUUGUGAUGCCUCCCAAAAAGAUUGUCGUAAACGAAGAGAUUCUUGAAGGGAAUUGCGAUCCAGAAUUGAGAUAAUGGAGUCUUUCCAAAGUGGAACGCAAAGUAAGUUUUGCAGCUUCGACUCUGGUAUUCCUCAGAUACUCAGAAGAGGAAAUUACACAUUUUAGAUAAAGAUUGAGAUCCUAAUUACAAUGUAGUAUAGAGUCGAUCGAGUCUUCAUAUUUAAAUCCAUAAUUGUGUAGUUUGGGCAAAUCCAACAGAAGGAAGUCCUGCUUCAAGGAAUACGAUGAUCAAUUCAAUUGA